GUGGCGUGCGUGCGUCCCUCUUUCUGCUGUCACACAAGCUCUUUCUGGAUUAAAGAUGAUCUCUUUAAAACUGUGAAAUCAAGGCCUAAAUCGUUUGGAAAUCAAGCCAAUUUUGGUUAUAGGAUAAUGGACAAGGUUUCAGGCCCUUGAUACUGGUACACACCCCUAUGGAUCAAAUAUGUCUUUAAUGGAGCUUCAGGACAAAAGUGAGCGUGUCUACACGAGCACUGGCCUCAGGAGACAGACGAGUGCUGAGAUAGUGUCAGAAGCUCGUCGCUCUCUCAGAGCUCUUGCCACACAGCGGCCUUUCACACCUCAGCAGAAGCAUCGGCAGCUCUUUGGAGAAUCAUCUUCUCGUGCACGUGAUGGACGACCACCAUCUGCAUUCAGUCUACAUGCCCAACAUUUUGAAGCUCCUGACUCCAGGCCAGGCUCUGGAACUCGUCUCAGCCCACUGGAACAUAAACCCAGGCUGUCUGUGUCCCUGGAUGAGGAUGGCGGUGUUGAUGAAGCAGCUCUCCCCAAACCCCCAGCUGAACGAGGGAAUACAAGAAUAGGAUCAGGAGGUUCUCGAGCCAAACUGCUUAGAGCAGCGUCCAUAAACAGGCUACCACCCGUGACACCAAACACAAAGAAUAUGUCUCUAGAGGCAAGGAUUGGAGCAGACCAUCCAGGUGAAAGAGAAAAGCUACAAUGUUCUGAUGUUACAGAGCAUACAACAAAUUCUUCCUCUGAAACAGACCUGCACAUACUUACUAAACACAGGAUACUGCAAAAUGAUGUAUCCAGUGCAAGAGGAUCAAAACCAGAAGUCAAGCUUGGGCAUGGAGACACAGGAGAUGACAACAUGGAUGAAUCUGUGUUCUGGAACACUAAAGUUCUUCCUGUCCUUCAUGAAUUUGAGUCUUUUGCACCAGGUGAUGCCGUAUCAGAUGAGAUUGUGGGAGAGCUGUGUAAUGCAUGCAAUGGUCUCCAUGAUGCGCUGGCAGAGAGAGGCAUGCUGGGAAGGCAGUUUAAAAAGAGGUCCGCCAUCCUUAGAACACUCUUCAGGCUUAUAGACGUGGGAUCGGAUCGACUUGACCUAACAUUAGCCAAACUUAUUCUGGCACUCAAUGUGAGUGGAAACAACUUGCUGAACAUCUGCAAACUCGUCUUCAAAAUCAGCCGGAACGCUAGUAAUGACGCCCUGUUCCUCAACGACAGCAUCCUAGACUCCCUUCUGUCUCUGUCUCUGCUCCAUUGUGAGGAUGUGUGGAGUAAAGGUGAAGCCGUGCUGUACUGUGUCGGCUCACUGAAGCUCCUCUCAGGGAACAGCGCCCUCUCCAGGCUGCUGCUUUCUAAAGGCUUCAUCGGUGUACUGCUGCAGCUGUCAAAGAGACUGAUGCAUGGUCCAUCUUCAACUUCAGCUAACAUAACUUCUCACAGGUCAGAGGGAGAAGGUCAGCGUAUCAUUGCAGGACACACACUGGUACAGGUCACAGCAGCUUUGAGAAAUAUAGCUGACCAGUCAGAGUCUCGGCCUUCCUUCCUGUCCAAUAAAGCAUUCUCUACUCUUUGCUUAAUUCUGGAGAACCACCGCAAAGACCUUGACAUCUGCAUUAAUGUGGCCCGAAUAUUCAGCAAGCUGUCCACCUACACUGAAUGCUGUCAUGCACUAGCUGAGACGCCACGUUGCUGCGGCCUAUUUUUGGACCUGCUAAGCAAACACAGCAGGAAACAGGAUCUAGUAGUGCGUCUCCUGUUCACACUAGGAAAUCUGACAGCCAAGAGCACUGAAGCCAGAGAGAGAGUCUAUGAGGAGGAAGGCGGGAUAGAUGUCCUCUUAGAUCUUUUUCAGGUCUACCAGGAAACACCAUCGCCCCCUAAGCAAUGCCGUGCCCCUGAGAGAGAGGACGUCCUGGUCAAACUGAUCAGACUGCUGGCCAACCUGGCCAUCCAUCCCACCGUGGGCACGGCACUGGCUGCCAACACACUGUGUGUACAGCUGCUGCUGGAAGUGCUGGAGUGCAGGUGUGUGCAGGAGAGUGAAGAGUUAGUGAUUAAUGCCGUGGCCACCAUCAACAACCUGUCUUUCUACCAAGGCGAGAGCUCAGUGGUCCGUUCCCAGCACACACACAUCUCUCAGUUGCUACUAAAACUCUUGCUGAGCUCCAGUAUGGAUGCUGUUUUGGAGGCCACACGUGUCUUUGGAAAUCUGUCGCAGAUCAAAGACGUGAGACACUUCAUCAUGCAGCACAAAGUGGAGCAGUAUGUGGUAACCCUCCUGGACUCCAAGACCCCUGAUGUGUGUUUCUCUGCAUGUGGAGUUCUCAUCAACCUAUCUGCAGAUCCAGAAAACAGGACCAUGCUGAGGGCCACGGGAACCGUUCAGAAGCUUAUUGACUGUCUGCGUGACUUCGGGCCUCGGGACUGGCAUUUGGCUUCUGUGGUGUGUCAGACUCUGUGGAACUGCUCUUUAGAUGGAGAGCUGCAACACACUCAAGAGCUGUUGGAGAUCUUGCGGCUCUACACCGACAAAGGAGCUUUGCAGUGGUCUUCUGAUGAUGGAGUCAGACAGGUUCAGGAAGCAUGCUGGGAGCUGCUCUUUUUGCCUGUAGCUGAGAGCCUUAGACAGCGUUUUUAUAUUGAAGACACUACUGGCAUCAUUCCGUAAGCUCCACUGACACACUCCUCUCCAGAUGUCACAUGCUUGUCUGUGUGUAUAUAUGCAUGUACUGUAUGUACACCUACAAUCUGAGGAAUGAGCCGGUGUGUAUAUUGCACUUUAAUACAAUGUCACUUUUGAUAUUGUGAACAUAGGGAAUUUGUCAAUUAUGACCAACACAUUUUUAAAAUUAAAUAGUUCAAAUGUUUAUUACACAACCUUAUGCUGCUGUAUAGGAGAAAGCAUGAAUUGUGUCGGACAGAAGGCAAGCCUAUGUUCAUAAACACCAAACUAACGUAUAUGCAAAAAUCACUCAAGAGCAUCUCCGUGAUCUCAAAGAUUUUAUUUAACAGACACUUCCAGAAAAGUCUGUAAGGAACACAGAAUAGAAACAUUGUCAUACUUCCUUAAUACAAUCACAUCAAACUGAUAUAUUAUGGCACUGGCUUCCCUCCUUUUAACAGGUUACACUUCACAGCUAGUCUAUACAUUAAUAUGAAGUUUACAAAGCUGCCCUAGAGGUCAUUUAAAUACAUGCUUAAAACCAAUGACUAAAAUGGGAUUGUGAAGUUUAUUCAAAUCACUCUUUACUGCGAUUUAACGUUUUCCUCUCAGCCUCCAUCAUGUGAAGUCUGAAGCGGUUUAACUCCUGCACAACAUCCAAGGGAUUUUUUCAGAUAUUUUAUUAAGAGGGGAACCCAACUUCUCGCAUUAUUCUUUUAAAAUGAGCAUCAACUAGCCUAUGGUGAUUUCCAUUUAAUGGCCAUUUACUGGCACUAAAUGACCACCAGCCUCAUAACCACAAACAGGGAAAAUUUCCUUAUGGUUCCCACGUCAACAAUGUUGCUUUCUUUAAUCCUCACUGUGAGAGGACGAAUUGCCGCGUUCAACAUUGUGUUUAAAUCAUUAGUGCACAGCAGGGGAUGCUUUUCUAUAGGCCUGUAGUGUCUGUGCUGAUAUAUCACUUUGCUACAAGGAUUUCUGCUGGUGGGUGGAAGUUCAUGGACAUAAAAACAUUGAUUAUGUGACCUAAAAGCUAUAUAAAUUAAGUCUUAAAGUGUGUUAUUGUUAAUUAGCACAAAAAUAACCGUCAGUUCUCGUGGUAUAAGGUGUUUGGACUGUUCAAAUCUUAUUUAAUACUGAAUGUUUGGUGUAAUGCAUCAUCCUAAUGUGACUUUUUGGGAAGAAAACAGAAAGUUUGAUUAAAUUACAAAUGAUACAACCAGUGAAAUACCGUGUUUUAUUUUUUUUAACAAAUUAUUUCUUAGAAAAUUGUCAGUAACUGACAUCAGUCUCUCAAGUCUGACUUAAAACCUCCUCAUAUCCAUCUCCAAAAGAAAAAGUACCAUCCCUCUAGUCCUGCCAUCAUCAGAAUGCAGUACUUAACUGGUUUAGUAAACAAAAAAAGACAGCGGAGAAUCCACUCCGCUUGAAAAGAAACACAUGCGCACACACACACACACUCGAAACAAAACUGUUUAGUUACACUGGUUAAAGUUCUGAUAAUGAGAACAAGCAUGGUUUAACCCCACAAGCGUGCGGGUCGCCUGAUUCAGCGUCUAGCUCUGUACAGAUUGUAGCGCAUGACAGGCAGCCACGUAAGACAAAGUUCUGCUCACUAGACAGCACUUAGAUAUUUAAGGAUACAUAACAGGAGGUAUUUAGUUAUAAUAAACCCCAAAAUAAUGGCCGUGCAUUCAAAGGAAGACAGAUAAGGCGGAUGGAUCAGAGCAACAGGAAGCACAUCACAAAAGGAAGACCUUUCCGCGUUGAAAGUCACUAACACAAAUAAAAAAAGAUAGAAAACGGUCAUCGAAAAAAAAUGGCUACAUAAAAGCUGAAGCUUAACAUUGUUUAAAAAAAGUGCUUUGAUAUUUUUAAUGCGUGAAACCCCAAAAAGAGCCUAUGUUUGGAUUUUUUUUCUCUAUUCCCCCCAUAGCAUUCACACAUUGGAAAUGUCACAAUGAAACAAAGUGGUGUCUUACAGUAAACUCUAACAAGGGCUCAGACAGCUAUUACUUUUGAAUUGCGCUCUCACACUCACACUAACACAAUCGUUCCUGGAUUAGCUUAUAUAAAUGGGUGAUGGUUUGGGUGUCUUGAGGCCUCUCAAUUGAGAAAAGCAGCAUGAACAGACGGCACCUCAGCAUCUGUUGCCAGUGCUGCGCAUGACUAGGCACGCGUUUAUGCAAAAUCAGUAAUGCUUCUAUCUCUAGCCACUGCUG